CAGCCAGGCCCAUUUCCCUGCUCCCGCCCUCUCCAGCCUCGCGGAUGAGGAGGCUUUGCAAGUCAGGUGAGAGUGUUAGUGGUGUGGCCUUCUUCGCAGCUGAACAGCCAGCACGGAGAUCUUAACUUAUGCCUGACGGAAAAGAACAGGAAGUCCCGGAAUCUCACUCCGAAAGCGCGAUCCCUGCUGCCUAUCCCGGAGCCAGGCUUGGAAGUAGACCUGGGAAAGGCGGGAGAGAGCGGACCGCAGCCCCGCGGUCUCCAAGGACGCAGGCCUAAGUCUCAAUGUCUCUGGAACAAAGCAGCUCUUGUGUGGCAGGAAGGAGAGAGCUCUGCGGACAGGAGUCCCACUUGGAAGAACAACAUCUGACAGGGACCACCCUCACCAGAACUUCAGAACAUAUGCAGGAGAAACCAGAAAGGAGCAGGUCCUGAUUUGCUCCACCAGAAGCAGUUCUUAAUCACCUUGUCCAGAGACAGCCAGACUUGGUGAUGUCACCAUAUCCAGAAGCCAUUACAGACUGUGUGACAGUGGAAACUAUGGACUAGAAGGUGCUUCUCUACACUCUCUCAAGAGCAGCAGAAAAUGAAUAUAUUUCAGGCAUCAGUGUCAUUCAAAGACGUGACUGUAGAAUUAACCCAGGAGGAGUGGCAGCAAAUGGGUCCUCUUCAGAGGACCCUUUACAGAGAUGUGAUGCUGGAGAACUACAACAACCUAGUCUCAGUAGGAAGCUGCAUUUAUAAACCAGAGUUGAUAUUCAAGUUGGAGCAAGGAGAAGAGCCUUGGUUGUUGGAGGAAGAAUUCUCCAAUCAGAGCUACCAAGUUUUAGAACAUUACAGAGAUGAUGCCCUGAUCCAGGAGGACAAGAAAUUCAAAGCCAAACACCUGCAGCAAGUAACAUUCAUCAAUAAUAAACCUUUGACUAGAGAGGAAGAGGAAGUUUGGGGAUUACCAUUUAAUCUGCACAUAGCUCCUGUUUCUUCAACAAAAAUGUUUUGUAAAUGCGACCCAUGGGGAGUCGAUUUGCAAAAUAUUCCUCAAUUUAUCAUUAAUAAUAGAACUUACUUGGCAAAAAAAACAGGUUACUGUAAUGUCUGUGAAAUUUUACCUUUCAAAAUUAACUUUGAGAGAAUUCAUACUGGAGAGAAAUUUUAUGAAUGUAAUAAAAAUAGGAAAACCCUCAGUUAUGAGGAAAAUCUUCCUGAGCAUCAAAAGUGUCAACAUUUGGAGCAAGCUUUUGAAUUUAAUGAAAUUGGAAAAGCCUUCUUUGAUGAAGCUGCCUGUAUUACACAUAGGAAUACUCACACAGGAGAAAAAUCCUGUAAAGAUGAUGAAUUUAUUAAAAACUGUGAUAAGAUAAAUGUCUUUGACCAUGAAAGAGCUAGGACAGGGGAGAAACACUCUCAUCGUAAUCAAUAUGGAAAAUCCUUCUGUGAGAAGUCAGCUAUCAAGGAAUACAAUAAAUUUAACGUGGCUGUGAAACACUAUGAAUGUAAUGCAAGUGGGAAUAAUUUCAAUAGGAAGUCACCUCUCCCUGAAUCUCAGAGAAGUGUCACAGAAGAGAAUCCAUUGGUGUGGACACAAACUGAGGAUAAAUCCUUUGAAUAUUAUGAAAAUAGGAAAUCCUACCAGAUAUCAGCCCACAAAGUACACCAGAGAAAUCACUCUGAAGUAAAACCCUACAAAUGUAAUGAAUGUGGGAAAUCCUUCUGUCAAAAAGGGCAUCUCGUUCAACAUCAGAGAAUCCACACAGGAGAGAAACCUUUUGAGUGUAAUGAAUGUGGAAAGACUUUCUCCCAGAAGUCACACCUCAGUACACAUCAGAGAAUUCACACAGCAGAGAAACCCUUUAAAUGUAAUGAAUGUGGGAAAACAUUUGUCCAGAAAUCAACUCUCAGGGGACAUCAGAGAAUUCAUACAGGAGAGAAGCCCUAUGAAUGUAGUGAAUGUGGGAAAACUUUUGUUCAAAAGUCAACCCUUAGAGAUCAUCACAGAAUUCACACAGGAGAGAAAUCCUUUCAAUGUAAUGAAUGUGGGAAAACUUUUGGCCAGAAGUCAAAUCUCAGAAUACAUCAGAGAACUCACAGUGGUGAGAAAACUUAUCAAUGUAAUGAAUGUGAAAAAUCCUUCUGGCAAAAAGACCAUCUCAUUCAACAUCAGAAAACGCACACUGGAGAGAAACCAUUUAAAUGUAAUGAAUGUGAAAAAUCCUUCUGGCAAAAAGACCAUCUUAUUCAACAUCAGAAAACGCACACUGGAGAGAAACCAUUUAAAUGUAAUGAAUGUGAGAAAACUUUUGCCCGGACAUCAACCCUCAGGGUACAUCAGAGAAUCCACACUGGGGAGAAACCAUUUAAAUGUAAUGAAUGUGGUAAAAAAUUUGUCCGGAAAGCAAUCCUUAGUGAUCACCAGAGAAUUCAUACAGGGGAGAAACCUUUUCAGUGUAAUAAAUGUGGGAAAACUUUUGGCCAGAAGUCAAAUCUCAGAAUACAUCAGAGAACUCACAGUGGUGAGAAAACUUAUCAAUGUACUGAAUGUGAAAAAUCCUUCUGGCGAAAAGACCAUUUCAUUCAACAUCAGAAAACGCACACAGGAGAGAAACUAUUUAAAUGUAAUGAAUGUGAGAAAACUUUUGCCCGGACAUCAACCCUCAGGGUACAUCAGAGAAUCCACACUGGGGAGAAACCAUUUAAAUGUAAUGAAUGUGGUAAAAAAUUUGUCCGGAAAGCAAUCCUUAGUGAUCACCAGAGAAUUCACACAGGGGAGAAACCCUUUCAGUGUAAUAAAUGUGGGAAAACUUUUGGCCAGAAGUCAAACCUCAGGAGACAUCAGAGAACUCACAGUGGGGAAAAAUCUCAUGAAUGUAAUGAAAAUGGAAAAUUGUAUAAGAAGUCAACCCUAAAUAUAUACCAGAGAAUUCAGGGAGGGAUAAAACCCGAUUGAUAGAAUAACUAUGGAAAACUCUUCUGUCUGAAAAACCAACCUAGUUGACAUCAGAAAAGUCACAGAGGAGAGCAACCAUGUAAAUAUGAACGUACAAAGAAUUUUGUCUCAAAGGCAACCCUGGGAGUAUAUGAGAAUUCAUACAGGUUUCUGUUUCUUUCAAGGUACUAUGGAAGGCUUUGUGAAUGAAGUCAUGCCCUAUUAGCUAACUCUCACAUCACACGGGCUGGUAAUCUGUUCACUAGUAAGAAUUUCGUUUUUCCUCUAGGCACAUAGCUAAUCUAAAUUUCCCAGUCUCCCUUUCAUCUAAGUGGGCCUUUGUGACUGGCUAGGGGAAUGUGGGUGCUUAUGUUAUAUGCCGCAUCCAGUUCUGACAAAAGACUUCCCUGAUAAACUACCAGGCUUCUGUCAGAGUAAAAUAGAGAUGAGUUCCAGGACAACCUUGGGUACCAUGCUUUAACAUGGCACAGCACAAGAUAAAAGCCAGGGUGCCUGAAAUAUGUGGAACACAAUUAUCUUCCACAUCUUUAUCAUUUGGAUAUUUUGUGAGCAAGAAUUAAGCUUGUAUUCUGUUGCGGUGUUAUAUGUUUGGGUCUAUUUCUGCACAUAAUGUAACCAUCUCUCUGCGAGGGAGACAGAAUAGUACUAUAUAAGCCAAUCUUACAUCAGCCAGAGGGUGCAAACCUUAUUCAAGGGUUGGUAUGUUAAGGAGUCCCUCAAAGCUCAUCAGAAAAUUCAUACGAAAGACAUUCUUUUAAUAUAAUGAAGUAGGUGGUACCACCAGAUACAGGGCUUUGGAUGAACCUAAAAAGUUAGUUUUUUUUGGAUGAAUGGUGAGCAGCCAUCAUGCAGCUAAAGUAAAUGACGCUUGCUUAAUAUUAUGAAGCCACUCUCCUUCCAUACCUCCUGGCACCUCCAUAUAUCCCAACCUAGCUGCUUUAAAGGGACCCAAAGCCUUUGGCACAUACCCAAUAUUCUAAGGUACUUUGAGGGAGGGGAAGAACUCAAGCUUUUAUGGUUCUAUAGGAUAUAGAUACCCAAGUCAACAUCUUAUCAGUUCCCAUGGAGGUAGGGGGCACCUAGAUUUAGAUAAUGUCAUUAUCUAAAUGACAGGGCAGGGUUUACAGUAGGGAAGGGAAAUGAAUGUGACCUUAUAAACAAAUGGGGCCCUUUGCACCUGUGCAAUGUACUGUGAUUACUCCUACAUCUGGAAGUUUAGUAGAAAUUAAUAUGCUAUAUGCUAUAUUCCAACUUCCCGAAAGACAGAAUUCUCCCUGUCAGGCAGAGCUGCAUGUGAAGAAUUACCUGUGAGGCCCCACAGCCCUUAAUGACCAUUUUGGGCUUCAAGUCUCUGUGACUGAUUUUGUUCAUAUUGGAACUUCUGGUAAACGGAAGUACCCUUGGCGGGAGUAGUUUGAGUUUAUGCUCUAACAAGGUAACCAAGUAUACCCCUUUUGUAAAGCAGCUAUUAGCUUACUCUUAAGCUCUUUAACACUAGACACCUGACUCUGACUCACCGAGGCCUCUGACUUGAUUCAGGGUGUGUCAUCUUAGACUUAACUGACUAACAAGAUGGAAAGGGCUUAGUACUUGUGUGAAAUGGAACAUGUUUUCAAGAAUACAACUGUCCUAGUCCCAGCAGUAUCUCAGUCAUACAUGAAAUGGUAGCAGCUAUUCCUUAGAGAGGAAAUUUAUCCCCUACUUUGUUUCCUGAAGCAAAGCUGCUGGCUCAGUAGGGCUCUAAAUUCAUAGAGGUUACUUUAACUGGGCCUGCUUUCACUGAUGGUUCAGCUAGUUGAAACCACUUGAUACUAUUACUAUUCAACCUCAGAGCAAUUAUGCAGACUCUAAAAUAAUGUGUUCUCAACUCUAGCCAAUAUUCUCUUUGAUGAAACUUGGUGUGUUUUUAUGGACUCUUGGGCCCUUUGUCUAUUUGACAUGCCAUUUAUAAUACUACAGAAUAACAAAAGCACCCCUCUUUGGUGCUGCAACUGGGUGAAGUCACAGCUGCUGAGUGCAACAUCUGGGUUAACUAGAUGUCCAAAGUAAGAAACUAUUCUCUGACAAACCUGACUGGAAUCAAAGUGCUGAUCAAGCCUUCACUACCCUGAUUGCCAUCAUUGUUACCUGGAUCAGUUAUCAUGCUGACAUAACAACAUUCACCAUUAUACACUAGAUACAAAGUAAAGGUCUCUAUAUAUUCCGUGGUUCAUUUGAAGUAAUUUGAUAUGAGUCUAAUUUUUUUUCUUUUGGAUUAUUAGCCAAUGCUCAAUAUACCAUUUGAUCACCCUUUCCUACUGAUUUUAAAUAUGCUAAAUUGUCAUUUGUGAAGAUAAUGCAUAUAGCUGCUCAUGACCCAUUCCCUACAUUCUGUUACAUUAGUAACAGAUCCUCCUUUUGUGAUCAGGGUUGGCACAUGCCUUAUAUGAGCCAAAAUACCCCAUCUUUCUGGCCCGAUAUCAAGUUUGGAAAAGAAUACCUCCUAGGAUGGUGGAAAGGUAACAUCACAGACCAGAGCUGCCAGCAGCCUUGCCAAAAAGAUGCAUCUGCAAUAAGGAUAACAUCCAGUUAGUGUUCUAUUCCCUGAAAAUCAAGAGAUUACUGUUUACUCAGUUUUUAUGAUAGUAAUAUAAAGUCAUUCUUAAGAAUUUUUUCAGAUUCUUAAGAUAUUUCAAAUUAUUUCCCUCACACCCCUUUUUAUAUACAAUUUUUAGGGUUAUGAUUGGAUUUGCUAUUAAGUUUAGGACCCAAUCCACCCAGUGGCCUGAGUCAUUCAUUAGGAGGCCUGGUGACAAAGUUCCAUGAUGUCACUCAGGCUUUGCCUCCUGUCCCCUUGCUGGAGUAGGCCCACAAGGCACCUAGCCAUGUAAUACAUUGUCAACUGUAAACUCUGGUCUGUGCUAUAGUCAUGACUGCACCCUUCUCCUUGCUUGCUUCAUCUUUCCAGUCAUGGACUUUUAUUCCAAUAGAUGGGUGCCUCAUCUAGAAAUUCUGGAUGGUCAGUUAUCUGCCUUCCUGCAUAUUAAGGAUCUUCAAGCUAAUAAGUCUCAAUGAGGGCAGGGAUUUUUUAAUCUGUUUUGUUCAUAAUGUAUCCCAAGAGUAUGAAACGGUCCCUCUACAUACUGGGCAUUCAGAACUAUUCUCUGAAGAUAGAAUUAUCGAAGUGAAAUAUGAACGUUUUUUUCCUUUUGAUGCUGCAAAUUCUCUUUUGAGAUUAUCAUUUAUGAAAAAUUAUUGCUAUAAGCUCUCACUAAAGACUUCUGUUUUGGAUAUUAAUACUGCUAUAAGAAACUUGUUCUUAAUAUUUAGAUGUGUACACUACUGUUCUUUAGAUUUUCGUCAGACAAUUUAUUUUUCAAUAAACUUUUCCAAUUCAAAAUUA